GCGCGCGCGGCGGCGCUGUGGCGCGUGGCGGCGGCCGAGGCGGCGGGCAGCGCGCUGCUGGUGCUGCUCACGUGCCUGCCGGAGUGCGCGGCGCGCGCGCCGGCCGAGCGCGCGCUGGCGGCCGCGCUGUGCGUGGCGGCGCUGGUGCAGUGCUUCGACCACGUGUCGGGCGCGCACUUCAACCCCACCGUGACGCUGGCGGCGCUGCUGGCGGGGCGCGUGCGCGCGGCGCACGGCGCGGCGGCGCUGGCGGCGCAGCUGGCGGGCGCGCUGGCGGGCGCGGCGGGGCUGCGCGCGCUGGCGCCCGGCGCGCUGGCGCGCUGCGUCACGCGCCCCGCCGACCACGUGUCCGACUACCAGGCGCUGUGCGUGGAGGCGCUGCUGGGCGGCGUGCUGGCGCUGGUGAACCUGGCGGGGUGGGACCCGCGCUGCGCCGCGCAGCGAGACUCGUGGGCGCUGCGCGUGGGCGCGACCGUGGGCGCGCUGGGGCUGGCGGCGGGCGCGCUGACGGGCGCCAGCGCCAACCCGGUGCGCAGCCUGGCGCCCGCGCUGCUGGCCGCCGACCUGCGCGCGCUGUGGGUGUACUGCGUGGGCCCGCCCGUCGGGGCGCUGCUGGCCGCCGCGCUGUACGCGUGCGCGUGGCGCCCCGGUGCGCGCGCGCGCAAGGCGCACGAGGCCGCGUGAGUGCGAGGCCAGGCGCCGGACGCCACCUUUUGUAAAGGAAUACAAAUAAAUGAAUAUUAAGUCUCUUUAGAAUGUCUCUUUGUGAUUUCGAAAUAAGUGCCUGCUAUUAUUAAAAAUGCAAUGCAAUAUUUCCUACUAGAUGGUGAUUAAAACAGCCCGUCCUAGUAACGUAAUACCAUCAUCAUCUUAUCAACCAAUUACCAGCCCACUACAAGGCACGUGUCUCCUCCCACAAUGAGACGGGGUUAAGGCCGUGGUCUACGCUAGCCCAGUGUGGAUUGACCCCGCCCGUCCCCCAAUACCCCUAAUACAAUCCAUUACUAAUAACAAAUAAAUACAAACAAUACAAAAACUAAUUAUUACAUAGUAGUAAUUUACAUUUUGUACAGUGCAAUUAUUAAAAUUUACUCUAAUAUGUUCUUUA